AUGGCAUCUGCUCUCACCAUCCUCUUCCUCGAGGAGUCCUACCCCAAACCCUCCAUCUCCGUCAGCCCCGGGGGGGUGAUCCCCGUGGGGGGAAACGUCACCAUCCGGUAUCGGCAUCAAUGCCUGGGCAUGAGGUUCCUCCUCUACAAGGCUGGAGAUGGGAACUAUCCGAAUUACACAGACCCUGCUGGCUCUGAGGCUGAAUUUCCCAUCACCAGCGCCAGACGGGAACACGGUGGCAGCUACACCUGUCGUUAUAGCCACAGAACAGGACCAGCUGCCUACUCGGAGCCCAGCGACUCUGUGCUGAUCAUUGUAGCAGGAUUUAGGUGGGAAGGCUAUGACCGAUACAGAGGCAGCAGCAAAGAGCAGCAGGGCUACGGGAGUUUGCGGGGGCAGGCCAAGGUCGGGGCGGGGGAGGGAUUAGAUGGGAGAUGGGCUGAGAUUGGGGAGGAAGUGCAGAAAGGAAUUUGA